CCCCCCCGGGACCCCCUCCUCCCCAUCAGCAGCCCCUCGGCCCCCCCAUGGAAGCAUGAGGGAGAUGGUAGGAGGCUGCUGCGUGUGUUCGGACGAGAGGGGCUGGGCGGAGAACCCGCUCGUGUAUUGUGAUGGACACGCGUGUAGCGUGGCCGUCCAUCAAGCUUGCUAUGGCAUCGUCCAGGUGCCCACCGGCCCCUGGUUCUGCAGGAAGUGUGAGUCUCAGGAGAGAGCCGCCAGGGUGAGGUGUGAACUGUGCCCACACAAGGACGGGGCCCUGAAGAGGACAGACAAUGGAGGCUGGGCCCACGUGGUGUGUGCCCUCUACAUCCCCGAAGUGCAGUUUGCCAACGUCCUCACGAUGGAGCCCAUCGUGCUGCAGUACGUGCCCCACGACCGCUUCAACAAGACGUGCUACAUCUGUGAGGAGCAGGGCCGGGAGAGCAAAGCCGCGUCUGGUGCCUGCAUGACCUGCAAUCGCCACGGAUGCCGCCAGGCCUUCCAUGUCACAUGCGCCCAGAUGGCCGGCCUGCUCUGCGAGGAGGAGGUGCUGGAGGUCGACAACGUCAAGUACUGCGGCUACUGCAAGUACCACUUCAGCAAGAUGAAGACAUCCAGGCAUUCAGUAGGAGGAGGAGGAACGGGAGGGGCCGGUGCCUUCAUCUCUGGCCGACGCAGCCGAUCGACCUCCCCGUCCCAGGAGAAACACGGCUCCCAUCACGAGCGGCCAAAGAAGAGUCGGAAGGACAAGGAGCGGCUGAAACAGAAGCACAAGAAGCGGGCGGAGUCGCCCCCGGGCCUCCUCGCUCCUGCAGCGCCCAUCGGAGCCGUGGAGAAGGGCUCCUCCAGCCACCACGAGAGCCGGGAGUCCUCGGACCCCAGCAGCCGCGCUGACCCCAAGGGGAAAAAGUCUUCCAGCCACGGACUCAGCCACAAGGGCAAGAAGCAGAGCGGCGGGAAGAGCGGGGCCGGCUUUGGCUCCGCUCCCUCCGGCGGCCCUUUCCAGACCUCAGGCCCCUCCCUCCAGAGCUCCCCCGACUUCGCCCCAUUCCCCAAACUGGAGCAGCAGGAGGAGGACCUGUACCCCAAGGCGCCGUCUGCCCCGUGCUCCUCCUCCUCCUCCUCUUCUUCCUCCUCCUCCUCUUCCUCCUCCUCCUGCUCCUCCUCCUGUGCCACCACCGCCUCGGCCCCGGCCACCACCCCCGCGGGCCACGGCUCCCCGCUGUCCGACAGCCCCAAGGGCGACGUCUUUGAGCAGAAGGUCGUCUUCUCCGGCUUCGGCUCCAUCCUGCGCUUCUCCACCACGGCCGUGGGACCCCCCCGGCCCCGGGCCCCCUCCCCCGAGGGCCCCAAGUCCGGCGGGGGCGCGGGGCCGGGGCCGCCCAAGCGGAUGCCCGCGCUCAGCGCGGAGGAGGGGGGCGGGGGCGCCGAGGCCCCCCAAGAGAAGAAGCACAAGGGCAGCAAGAAGAGCAGCAGGCACGGACCGGGUAGGCCCAAGGGCCGGCGCAACAAGGAGACCCCCGGGACCACCGCCCAGCUGGCCGGCUUCACCGCCACGGCCGCCUCGCCUUUCUCCGGCGGGUCGCUGGUCAGCGCCAGCGUGGGCGGCUCCUCCGCCCGCCCCUUCAGCCACGCCGGGGCCCUGCCCAGCCUCAGCCUCGAGUCCCCGCUCCUUGGGGCAGGGAUCUACACGAGUAACAAGGACCCCAUCUCCCUCGGGAGCGGGGUGCUCCGGGCCGUCUGCAGCACCCCGCUCUCCUCCAGCCUCCUGGCCCAUCAGAGCACCCCGUCCCUGCCCCAACUCAGCCGCUCCCCGUUCGCCAGCAGCCUUCCGUCUUCCUCCGCCUCCAUCUCUACCACUCAGGUGUUCUCCCUGGCGGGCCCCACCUUCAGCCUGCCCACCUCCCACAUCUUCGGGACCCCCGUGGUUCCCGCCGCACCCCUGCUCAGUCAGUCGGAGAACAGCCGCACAGAGCCUGACCUGGAGGACUGCAGUUUCGGGUGUCGGGGGACCUCUCCCCGGGAGAGUCUCUCCUCCAUGUCUCCCAUCAGCAGCCUCCCCAUGCUGUUCGACCAGACGGUGUCCUGCGGAGGAGGGGGCGGCGGGCGGCCCGACGCCGUGCCCCAGGCCACGCCCAACAUCGAGCAGCUCUUGGAAAAGCAGGGCAACGGGGAGGCUGGCGUCAACAUCGUGGAACUGCUCAAGGCGCUGCACUCCCUGCAGAAGGAAAACCAGCAGCUCCAGGAGCAGAUCAUGACGCUGACGGCGAAGAAGGAGCGUCUGCAGGUCCUCAACGUCCAGCUGUCUGUGCCUUUCCCCAUGGUGCCUGCCCCCAACGUCUCUGCCCCUCCAGUGGCCCCCUACCUCCUGCCUCCCAACGCUGGCAGCAGUGAAUCGGUCAGCACCAACAAGAGCCCCCCUGGCAAGAACACCUUCGGGAUGGAGAAUGCCCUCUCCACAUCCUCAGAGGACCCCCAGUCGGCCUGCCCCAGCCGGAGCAGCUCGUCCCUGUCCUUCCACAGCACGCCCCCGCCUCUGCCUCUCCUCCAGCAGCCCCCCGGGGGCCCGCCCCCGCCUCCCCCGCCGCAGAACGGGCUGGGCCGGGGCCUGGCGGGCUUGCUGGGCACUGGGCCCACGGUGGAGGGGCUGCUGGGCAGCCUGGCCGGGGGGCAGCAGCUGCCCCUCAACGGCCUCUUGGGGAGCCUCAAUGGAGCUGCCCAGACCCCCGGUCCCAGCCUCACCCAGACCACCGGGACCACCCCCACCAUGCAACUCUCCAGCAGCCUCAACAGCCAUCCCAGCCCCAACGCCCUGACGGAACAACAGCGUCACCUCCUGCAGCAGCACGAACAGCAGCUCCAGCAGCUCCUGGUGUCCCCCCGGCUGAGCCCGGAGCACCAGACGGUUGUCUACCAGAUGAUCCAGCAGAUCCAGCAGAGGCGGGAGCUGCAGCGGCUCCAGAUGGGCGGCGGCUCCUCGCAGCUGCCCGUGACCACCCUGCUGGCCGGGGCCGGCCCCCCGCUGCUGCCCACCGCGGGCUCGCUGGUGGCCCCGGCCCUGGGCGCCGGGGGAGGCCUGGUGGGCCCGGCGGCUGCGGCGGGAGGACCCCCGGUGCUCACGGCCCAGGCCCACCCCUUCCUGGGGCUCCCGGCUGCGGAUGGCAGCGGCGGGCAGAAAGGAGCGACCGGCGGUGACAAGGUGGCUCCAGCCAAUCAGGAGAAAGGCUAAGGCAGCCCUCCCGCCCCCCGCGUGCCCCCUGUCCCCCAUCCCGUGGGGGAGAUGCGCAGGUCCAGAGCAUAGAAGACGCCCGGCCGGGAGGCGGGCCAUACUGGGUGACACUUGGGCCCAGUCGCUGCAGGAGUUUGAGCCGGGGCUUGGGGGAGGCGGAGGGGAGGGGAGUUCUAGCCCUGCCCGCUCCCGCUCCCCCACCCACUUUUGUCCCCACCAGCCACCGAGUGAGCUGAGGACUGCACAGGGAUCCUCUGGGUGGGGGACAGGGUCCCCCGGGACUUCCAGUCCGGACCCCGGUGGCCAGGGUGGCCCCAGGGGUUGCCCGCUUAAAGUGGAUGUCGGCACUGGGGUCUUGACCCACCGGUGGAGAGGGAAGGGGCCGUGAGUGGACCCUGUUCUGGAGGUCACCAGGAUAGCACUUGGGGGGAGGGGGCCUUUAGCCCCCCUAUCGUUCGGAUCCUUCUAGGCCUUGGUGGGUGGGGGGGUCAGCCCUCUGGUUGUCCCUUACGUCCCCCAGCCGUGGUGGAGGGGGACGGGUAGCCCUGCCGUUGGGGGAGGGGAGCCCGGGAGCCCCCAGCGGCCCCCCGCCCCUCCUCCGCAUCCUCCGAUUCCUCCUCUGCCCCCGUUCCCCAAAGUAGGGCUCCGGAUGGGCAGAGAAAUUAGCGUCAAACGCAGGCCCGGCGGCCCUCCGUCCCACCCCGGGUCCUUCCCUCCCCCAAGAGGCCCCCCGACCCAGCCCCGUCCAUGACCCGUUUGCACUAUUGAAAGUUUGUGGGGAGGGAGGAACCGGGCUGGGGGAGGUUCUCGGGACGGAGGGGUUAAAACGGACGCCAACUUUGGCUAGCAUCAGCCCCAAGGACUGUAGGAAGGCCGAAGCCGGAGCAUUUCACUUCAGGCUUCCGCUCACGGUCCCCGUUGACCCCCACCCCAUGCAUCGAAGGGAAGGGAGAGGUUUGGGUUAGCUUCUCCCCCUCCGUGGGGUGGGGGAGAGAGGUGGAGACCCCCCUUCCGCCCCGGAAGAGGACGAGAGCAGGGGCGGCCUACCUAGCGGCCUGCCACAGAGGGUCCCGGCCCCUGAAAGAUCCCCGGGCGGAGAAGGACCGGCCUGCCGGCUCCCAGGCCUCUCACCUGGAGUACGGGCGGGCGAGUGACUGUUUGCAAGGCUGCCUUAAAGGGCUCCGCCCCAACCCCAGCCUUGUGAUCCUCCUCCCUGGAAGGUCGCGAGAAAGGAGGGGUGGUUUCCCGAAAAUGCCACUGGGGCGUAGGGGGUCAGGGCGUUAAACUGGUUGGGGAUGGGGAGCGGGGAGGGCAGCCAGUGAAGGAAGAGAAAAAGAGGACUCGAAAGAUGUGUUUUCAGUUGCACUGGGGUAGAGUUUUUUUACCCGUUUUGAUGCUCUUGUCUUGGUCUGUUUGCAUGUGUGCAUUCUCGGGUUUUUUUGUUUUGUUUUGUUUUGGGGUUUUGUUGUUUUUUUGUUUGUUUCUGUUUCUUUUUUAAAACGAAGAGAGGUGUAUAUUUUUGGCCACGCCAGGGACGUAGCACAGAGAUAUUUUUGCCCAACACUGCCUGCCUUGAAUGGCUUUUUUCUGAUACUGGAGAUGAUAAUGCUCCCUGGGAAGGAACUUUUUAAGACGUUUAGGGUCUCUCAGCCAAAUACAGAGCCGGGGGUGGGGCGUGGGGGGAGUCCGGAUGGGAUUGGGGAGCAGGGGAUGGGGGGAGGGGUGGGAAAGUUAGGGUUCCCAAACGAACGCCUUUCUCGGCAAGCACCCUCUUCCGCUUCAAAAUGGAAGGCUCCUCCGUCGCUUGGGGUGGGUCUCAACUGGGAUAGGUUUUUAAGCCCCAGUCUCGAGCUCUGAAACGCUCUGGUCUUCCCCCUUCCCAUCCACCCCCCGCUCCAAAAGGGGAGGGGAUCCAGGGGGGCUGGCCAGCUUAUAGCUGGGGUUGACAUCUAGUUUUGCCCUAUUGAUCCUGGAGGGCAGAGCAAUGGGGAGAAGUUUGGGAGUUAGACCCCCCUCCCUCCCAGGCCUCUAUCCGAAGAGAGACUGGAUUUCUCCUGAAGUCAGGGAAGCUUUUUCGGUGGCUUUCCUGAGUUUCGCCCCAGCUCAGUCCUCUCUCCCCUUCCCUCGGGAUCCCCCCCCCCCCCCCCCGCCAUCCCAUCCCCGCCACUUCCACAUCUAACUCAUUUUCAACCAAGAGGUCUUCCUGGUCUGCCCCCCUGGGAGCAGCCGAAGCGGUCAGGGACCUCCUCUCUGACUGCGUCCCCACUCCACCUCCUCUGGGCACCGGCCUGGCAUCCCCAGCCCUCUUGUUUGUCCCCCGUUUUGCAGCCGGAGCGAGGUUCGGCCUGCUAAAAUCAUCUGGCUCCCGGGGGCGGGACGGAGACGGGCUCCCCUUAUCUGGGGGCCUCGGCCAGGGCCCGCUCCCACCUGCCUGGAAUUGGGAGGAGGCCGCCCAGCAGGGAAGCGGCCGGAAAGGCCCUCGGGGUUCCGGCCUGCCCACUGAUUUUCCACCUGACCCGUGCUCUUUGGGUCUCUGAGAGUCCCGAGCCUCCCUCGCCCCAUCCCCCAGCCUCCCUCAGCCCCCCGGUGCAGAGGCAGGGGGUGACUUUAUAGGGCCUUGCUGUUGGGGCAGGGAGCUGAGGUGGGGAGGAUGUGGUUCUUGGGGAGGAAAUGGAGUCAAGUGCGUGGGAAGGGGGAGGGGAGCCAGGCGGCACCGUUUUUAGGGGUCCUGCCCCCUCACCCCCAGUUCUCCGGACCCGGGGGGGUCCCCGCAGGGGCCGAGGAAGGAGCGAGCCCCUGGCAGUGAGGCGGAGGGGCGGGUGGGAACGGGGCCUGGGACGCCGGGAAGGCGUUUUGGGGUGUCAGUCAGUCAGUAAGGGCUACGACUGUGUCUGGCUGAGGCUGCAAGUGGGUGGGUGUGACCGUGUGCCUGGGGAUGAUUGUGGCCGGGUGACGUGUGCGAGUGUGCAUGUGAGUGUGUGUGUCUCAGGGCUGUUGCACUUAGUCUUCUGAGCUCUGUACGGACCUCUGCUCCGUCCAAGAGUCUGACCCUUUUUAAGGCCGGCCCGGGGCCUCGGGCGGGUGCUUCGGAGUCAAGGCCCAAAGCCCAGACUGGUGCGGAUUUCCGUUUCCCGGGCGGGGGUCCCCGUCUCGCCCUCCUGUUCCCCGGUCCCCCGUCCCCAGGGUUCUUCUGAAUCUCCGGGGGCAGGCGGGGUGACGGAGGCAGUGGGCAGGGGGCCUUCCGGCUGAGGGAUGACACCGCCGGGCCCAGCCAGAGCGGCAGGCCUGGCGGGGGGGAUUUACCUCAGAGAUAUUUUGCCCACAGCCUGAUGUCUUUCCUGCCCCACUGGAUUCCCCGUUCGCGGGAAGGGGAGGCCAAGGCUGGUCUGGGACCCACCCCUUCCCCGAAACGGGGCCUACGGGACUCCCCUCGGGCGGGGGCUGCCCUAUGGCAUCGAGGUCGGCCCGUCCGCUCCCAACUCUCCCAACCCCCUGCCCUCACGCCCCCCACCCCCGUGUAUAACUCAGACUUGUAUCAUUGUGUGACGGCCGCGUUUGUACGAAGGGCAGAUCAGAACAGCACUUGUUCUUUUAAUAAAAGAACGUUUUACAGAAAAAUAAAAACCUUGGAAAACCCAA